AUGUUUCCUACCAUACGAGUCUCCUUUAAUGGUCUGGAAGCCGAUACCAAGUACAUGGUUCUAAUGGACAUUGUACCAGUAGACAGCAAGCGUUAUAGAUAUGCCUACCACAGGUCAUCAUGGCUGGUGGCCGGAAAGGCUGAUCCCCCUCUACCCACGCGUUUCUAUGUGCAUCCAGAUUGUCCUUUUACAGGUGAACAGUUACACAAGCAAACGGUAUCUUUUGAAAAGCUGAAACUGACCAACAACAUGCUGGACAAAAACGGACACAUCAUUUUAAAUUCGAUGCAUAAAUAUCAACCGAGAGUGCAUAUUGUACGGAAAAAGGACUUGUCGUCGACAUCCGUCACAAAUUUGGAAGCCGAAGAGUUUAGAACAUUCAUCUUCCCAGAAACUGUAUUUAUUGCUGUAACGGCCUAUCAAAAUCAGCUGAUUACCAAGCUAAAGAUUGAUAGCAAUCCUUUCGCCAAGGGCUUUCGUGACUCAACGCGACUUACUGAAUACGAAAGGUAA